AUGCCUUCAGCUGCGCCUUCAUUCUCUGGCCCAACCAACAUAACGAGGGGCGCUGCUGAUCCCAAAGUUGGUAUUUUAAGGGAACUGAAGAGUCACGAAAUCGCCGUGGAUGAGCUCAACAGUCUUCCAUCUUCUAGGAAGUGAAAUAUGUAGUCUGCCAAAUUGGGCCAGUCGCUAUAACUUUGUUGCAAGCUCAAAUUUUCGUGUAAGAACACAAUGGAUUAGAGGUGUGUGGUGUUUUUGAUGGGAUAGAAUGGGAGAAAAGAAGGAAAAUGGGGGAAAAAUGGUUUUCUGAAAUGAGUUUGUCAUAUGACAUGAUAUGGAGUGUUAAUUCACCAAUGUCUGAGAUUAGAAGUCAGGAGAUGCACACCCUGCACAUCUUCCUUGACGUGCAGAGGAUUUGAAUGUCUAGUGUUGGGUAUGGAAGGAUUCAAAUUUCUUUGAUUUCAGAGUGAAUUCAAAGAGUUUAUUUUAGGAAUUAGACGACAGUCAUGACAAAGCGAUGGAUGGCCAUGAGAGCAGUGUGCACUGCUUUUGUAAAGUUCAUAUAUAUACCCACAUCAAUUUCAUUUGCCGUUAUUAGAAAUUGUACCACUUCAGCCACAGCAAAUUCUUUAAGUGGCUUCAAGUGUGUCACGAGUAACAGCAAAUCAAGUUCUUAUAAGCAUUUACUCUCUCAUCACCUGAAGAAUCAGAGUUUAGAUGAAGCUCGCAUUGUCUUUGACAAAAUCCCAACCCCUAGUGUUGCCCUGUAUACUAUGAUGGUGAUGGGUUAUGCACAAAAUCAUAGACUUAGUGAGGCUCUGAAUCUUUUUGAAGAAAUGCCCUAUAGGGAUGUGGUUUCCUGGAAUUCAAUGAUCAAAGGGUGUUUGGAUUGUGGAGAUUUCAUUAUGGCCAAGAAACUUUUUGAUGAAAUGCCUAAGAAGAAUGUUAUCUCCUGGACCACCAUUAUGAAUGGGCUUUUGCAGUUGGGAAGAGUUAAGGACGCUGAAAGAUUUUUCCAUAAAAUGCCUUAUAGGGAUGUAGCAACGUGGAAUGCAAUGAUUCAUGGGUAUUGCUGCAAUGGCAGAAUUGAAGAGGCAUUGCUUCUAUUUGAGGGCAUGCCUACCCGCAAUGUGAUUUCUUGGACUUCAAUGAUUAGUGGGCUUGACCAGAAUGGAAAGAGUGAUGAAGCUUUGCUUCUUUAUCAGAAGAUGGUCAGUUUGGGCAUGCAUCCCACGUCUACUACUUUAGUUUGUGGGUUGAGUGCUGCUUCUAAGAUAUCAGCUUUGCAUGCAGGGCUUCAGAUUCAAUGUCAUAUAUUUAAGCUAGGCUAUUGCCUUGAUGAAUAUGUAUACGCUUCACUUGUGACAUUUUAUGCAAAUUGCAAGCAAAUGAAGGUGGCUCACAAGGUUUUUCAUGAUAUAUUGCAUGAGAAUGUUGUUGUAUGGACUGCUCUUUUAUCAGGAUAUGCUUUGAACAAUGAGCAUGAACAUGCAAUUAAGGUCUUCAGAGAAAUGAUGAAACAGACUGUCUUUCCAAAUGAAUUUUCUCUAACAAGUGCUUUGAAUUCAUGUUGUGGAUUGGAGGAUAUGGAAAAGGGGAGGGAGAUCCAUGUGAUAGCAACUAAACUAGGUUUGGUGACUAACACAUAUGUGGGUAACUCUCUUGUUGUCAUGUAUAGCAAAUGUGGAUAUAUCAAUGAUGGGAUAAUUGCAUUUAAGAAGAUUAGUGAGAAAAAUAUUGUGUCAUGGAACUCAGCCAUUGUAGGCUGUGCACAGCAUGGGUGUGGCAUGUGGGCUUUAAUAGUCUUCAAGCAAAUGCUAUGUGAAAGAGUAGAUCCAGAUGAAAUCACACUAACUGGUUUACUUUCAGCAUGUAGUCACUCAGGGAUGUUGCAAAAGGCAAGGUGCUUUUUCAAAUAUUUUGAGCAGAAAUUAAGUGAGCUGACAGUCGAGCACUACACAUGUAUGGUGGAUGUACUUGGCCGUUGUGGGGAGUUGGAUGAAGCAGAAGCACUAGCAAGAAGCCUACCUAUGAAAGCAAAUUCCAUGGUAUGGCUGGUUUUACUGGGUGCUUGCAGGAUGCAUUCUAAUUUGGAUGUAGCUGAGCGGGCUGCAAAAGAAAUUUUUGAACUGGAACCUGAUUCUAGUGCAGCUUAUGUUUUAUUAUCUAAUUUGUAUGCUUCUGCAAGCAGAUGGAGCGAAGUAGCUAGGAUACGGAAAAUGAUGAAACAUAAAGGAGUUUCAAAACAACCAGGGUCCAGCUGGGUAUCACUGAAAGGUUGGAGGCAUGAAUUUCUUACUGGAGAUAGGUCCCACCCUCUUAGUGAGAAAAUUUACCAAAAGCUAGACUGGUUAGGGGUAAAGCUAAAGGAAUUAGGUUAUGUUCCUGAUCAACAAUUUGCUUUACAUGAUGUUGAAACUGAACAGAGGGAAGAGAUGUUGUCUUAUCAUAGUGAAAGGCUUGCAAUCGCAUUUGGGCUGCUUAACACUAUGGAAGGCAGUACAAUAACAGUGAUGAAAAAUCUUCGCACAUGUGGGGAUUGUCAUAAUGCAAUAAAGCUAAUAGCAAAGAUUGUUGAUCGUGAGAUCAUAGUAAGAGAUUCCAGCCGCUUUCAUCACUUCAAGGAUGGCACUUGUUCUUGUGGGGAUUAUUGGUAAUAUACAAUUUUGUCCCCAUAAUGAGUACUGCAAAUCCACUGUCAAGGCAUUUUAUAUAAUGCUGGAAAGAGCGGACAUUUAUGGUGCUUUCAUCAUUUAAUCAUGUAAUGCUGAGUUGGAAACAGAAAAUUUCAGUUUAGAGAAAAUGAUAUUGCCACUAUAUUCCUCAAACUUUGUGAAGUAAUAGGGGAUGUCUAGGUGAGCUGUGUCUCAGUUUUCCUACAUCUUUUCCUUCUUUCCUUUUUUUCCUCCCUUUGUCCUAAAUUUGAGUGUUCUUGUGAUGAUGGCGAAAAUUAUGGAUGCUAUGUUGUUUGAGAGACUGAUCCCCCAUCACUGAGGGGGAGUAUAGAUUUGUAUUGGACACUGCUACUGACUCAGACCUUUUGAAGCUUUCAGUGCUUGUGAAA